AAAAAACUGUUUUUCUAAUGUGAUACAUAUGGGACAUAUUAGCAAGAGAGGGGAAUACAUUAAAACGGUACUUUUUCAUCGUGCGUUCUAUUCGUCUUAAACACCUUUCAGUGUCACGUAAACUAAAUGCUGAUACGUUCUAAUAUUGUUCUUUCAAAAUCAGACACAAUGACGCUGAAAAAAAAAAAGAAAAAUAAAAAAAAGCAGGAGAAACGUGCAUAUAUAAUGAAUAAGAAACUAAAAUCAACAUUCCAAAUGUUUUUUUACUUUGCUAUGGGACUAACAUUAAUAAUUGGCAUAUCCUACUUUUUAUAUAAUCAGUCACGUAUUAAAAGGAUGUAUAAACAAAUAGUCCAAAUCAAAGAGAAAAAACCAACAUUUUUAAUUUAUAAUAGAUACAACAAUACCACUGAACAUUUAAAACAUAUAUUUAUCGUAUUAGAACGUUUAGGCUUUCAACCUGCUACUAAUGAAACUCAAUGGGAUCUCUUAUGGUCGCAUGAAUAUCCAUUCAUAACAUUAGCACCAGUUUUAAAAAAUUUACAACCUCAUCAACGUAUAAAUCAUUUUCCUGGUUGUGGUUAUAUUACAAACAAAGGACAUUUAUCAACAUCUAAAGGUCGCUAUAUACCUAAAGCAUUUAAGAUUCCAAAGGAUAAAGAUCUUUUUCUUACAUAUGCUACUUUGUAUCCAAACAAAUAUUUUCUUAAAAAGUCUAAUGGCCAUCGUGGUAUCAAGGUUAUUAAGACUAAUGAUGUGAAUUUUAGUGAUACGGAUUCUUUUGUACAAGAAUUUAUAGAUCGACCAUACCUCGUUGAUAAUUAUAAGUUUGAUAUAGGCAUUUAUACUGUAUUUACAUCAAUUGAUCCACUAAGAGUAUAUGUUUACAAAGGAGAUGUUUUACUUAGAUUUUGUACAGUACAGUAUUAUCCAUUUGAUAGCAAUAAUGUAGAUAAGUAUGUUAUUGGUGAUGAUUAUCGACCUAUUUGGGAUGUACCAUCUUUAAAAAACUAUUAUACUCGUCUUGGAUUUUCAAUGAAAGAUUCAUUGGAUGCAUAUAUAAGAUCAGAAGGAAAAGAUCCUCAAAAAAUAUGGAGCAAUAUACAUGAGGCAAUUCGAGAAGUAGCAUUAAUGAAAGAAGGCCUAGUAAAAGAAGCAAUUCAACGUUUUGGUGGUGGAAGAAAUUAUUUUGAAUUGGUCAGAUUUGAUUUUACACUUGAUGAAGACUUGAAUGUAUAUACAAUGGAAGCAAAUAUGUCUCCAAAUUUAUCUUCUGCACAUUAUCCACCUAAUCAGUUACUUUAUGAGCAAGUUAUAUUUAAUUUAUUUGCACUCGUUGGUAUCAGUCAAAGGAUUAAAGAAAAUCAUUUUCAAACAAGAAACAAAGAGGAACAUGAAAUGGAAGUUGCAACUAAAAAUUUAGUAGUAUCACCAGAAUUUUGUGCAGAUUGCAAAGAUUGUUUUAUAAUAGAAUGUCAACUUUGUAGUCCAUGUUUUACAUCAGAGACCAAAGUCAUUUUAUCUCAAAGUUAUAAAGAACAUCAAAACAAAAUGGAUUUUCAAAGAAUAUUCCCACCUCCUAUAGUCAAAGGAAUGAUACUGAAAGAUUAUACGUUACGAAAUCAGUUACUUAUAAGAUGGUAUCAAGGAAAAUGUGAAUUGGAUCAUACGUGGUGUAUUUGAUAACGUUUAAUACAUACAAAUACAAUAAUUUUUAAGUAAA